AAGACACCUUGGGGCUAGGGGGUGGUGCCAGCAACAGUCAUGGGGGUCACACUGUCGCCCCCAGCGCUGGGUCGCUGGUUCCGCCAUGCAAUUCCUUUGGCUGUCCUCACUCUGCUGCUACUGUACGUGUGCGCAUGGUUGCUUCGUGAGCGGACCUUUACAUCAUUACUGGCUCAGACAAGAACCCAUGGGUCUCCACUCUGGGAACCCAAAGCCCGUUCUUCAGCGCUUAAGGUCCAGCUUCGCCUCACCCCAGGUAUCCUGCCAGGCUGCAGACCCGGGAUACAGUCCUGCGAUCCGGAGAGCCCACUGCCCUCACAGGUCUGGCCGGAACUGAGACCCCCGGUGGCCCGAGACAGAGAAGAUCCUCCCUGUUUGGGGCCUCAGGGCAUGCUGGGUCGCAUGAUGAGGCCCUUCCAGGCCAGUCUGAAGCCCAAGGGGGACGUGGAGUUGUCACAGUACCUGGCAGGAUGGAAGGAACUGCUCAGGUUCCUAGCCCCCCUGGGCUCCAUCUUCGCCUUCGCCACGAGCGAGGCCUUCAGCAAGGUGACAGCCCUCGAGGCCCGCGUGCGCGGGGCGCAGGCGGCGCACUACGCGUCGCUGGGGACCAUGGCGGCGUGGGAGCGGCGGGCGGGGCUGCUGGCCUCGCCCGGGGCCCCGGCCGCGGCGUCGGGCUCGCGAACGCUGCUGCUGCUGCACCGCGCGCUGCGCUGGUCCCAGCUCUGCCUGCAGCGCGUGGCCACCGGCAGGCUCGGGGGUCCGGACGCGCGGGUGCAGUGCAGCGAGGCCUACGGCACGGCCCUGGCCGCGCACCACCCCUGGCUCGUCCGCCAGGCCGCCCGCCUCGCCCUGCUCGCCCUGCCCAGUCGUGACCGCCUGCUCCAGCUGGCGUGUCCGGGAUCCAGCGAGGCGGACGCGCGGGCGGCGCUGGCUCGCGCCGCCGACACCCUGGAGGAUGUCUACAACCGCACCCAGGGCCUCAUGGCGGGUCAUGGGCUGCUCCGGCUGGCUUGAGAGGCCGGCGGACGGACCGGAAACUUAGCGACAGGGCCGAGAUCCCCGAUGCCAGGGAGCUGGCCUCCUGGGCGCCCGCCUCUUCAGUGACGUCACCUCCGCCCAGCCCCCCCUCCUCCCCCCCCCCCGGGCGGGGCGGAGCGAGGUUUGAACUCACUGUAUCUGAAUCCUCAGGGAGAUGGGAGAAGCAGUGAGGAUUAAAUUCUUUAGCAACAUAGGGCGUGUUGUGUGAUGGCGUGGCAGCGGCUUAAGGGGAAAAAAACUUUUUAAGCAUGUGGUGUGUCAUCUCAGUUCCUGGCAUCGAUGACACACUCCCCAAACCUCAUUUCAACCACUCCUAUGGCCUCCGUUGCCAGCCCCAUGCCAAAUAUCUAGCCCAGACCUGUCCCCUGAGAUCCACUGCCAUUCAACCAAUUCUUUCCACACACAAUGUCAACGCGACAUGCCCAAAGUUUCCUGUUGUUCUCUGUCUGCAUAAAUAAACACCCUCUCCCACUAUCUAAGCCUCACACCACGCAGGUACUCAGACCUACAUGUGCAUCGUCCGCUGCUUCUACAAUGGCGAAUAUAAAUGCACUUGGCAAUUUUUACACUAAUUUUCCCCCACAUUAUACCUCCAAUCUUUUUUCUGUAGCCCAGAAUUCUAUGUAUACAACUGCCUGGUCUGCACUUUCCCUUGGAUGUCAACUAGGCAUAGCACAUAAAGCCAGAUGCAGAAAGUGGUGUGUACAUCCGUACAUCCGGAGGUCAUCGGCACUUGCAAGAGGCCCUGGUGUGCUUAUUUAUAUUCUCUAGCUCUCCUUGCAAAUAAAGCUGCUUUCUAAAAACAA